AGUCAGAUCGGACCAUUUUCCCAGUAAUUCACCACAAAUUACUAAUCAAUGUUGAAUUUGCAGAAAACAAAGAUCAAUAAAUUCACACAAAUAUAAAUAAACAACGAAACACAAAAUCAAAUUCAUUUCUAUUUUCUAAGAUCAAACAUUGAAAAAAAAAUUUAAAAAUUCUAAGAAGCAUUUUAAUGGAGAACGGAAAUUCUUCAUCAGUUGCUCGAGGGAGAUUAGCGGUGCUUUCAGCUCAUCUCGCAGCAUCACUCAACGUUUCCGAUUUAACAACCUUUAAAAUUCUAGAAACUUCCGGUGUUUCCGCCGUUUCCGGCGUCGAACCUCCGCGGAAUCUAAAAGGUGCGUUGACGAUCAUCGAUGAACGGACCGGUAAGAAGUAUCCGGUUCAGGUUUCUGAGGAUGGCACUAUCAAAGCCAACGACUUGAAGAAGAUAACAACAGGACAGAAUGAUAAGGGUCUUAAGCUUUAUGAUCCAGGCUAUCUCAACACGGCACCUGUUAGGUCAUCAAUAUGUUAUAUUGAUGGUGAUGCCGGUAUCCUUAGAUAUCGAGGCUACCCUAUUGAAGAGCUGGCCGAGGGAAGUUCCUUCUUGGAAGUGGCAUAUCUUUUGUUGUAUGGUAAUUUACCAUCUGAGAAUCAGUUAGCAGACUGGGAGUUCACAGUGUCACAACAUUCAGCAGUUCCACAAGGACUCUUGGAUAUCAUACAGUCAAUGCCACAUGAUGCUCAUCCAAUGGGGGUUCUUGUCAGUGCAAUGAGUGCUCUUUCCGUUUUUCAUCCUGAUGCAAAUCCAGCUCUGAGAGGGCAGGAUAUAUACAAGUCUAAACAAGUGAGAGAUAAACAAAUAGUUCGGAUCCUUGGCAAGGCACCUACAAUUGCUACAGCUGCUUACUUAAGAAUGGCUGGCAGGCCACCUGUCCUUCCAUCCAACAAUCUCUCAUAUGCGGAGAACUUCUUGUACAUGCUAGAUUCAUUAGGUAAUAGGUCUUACAAACCCAAUCCCCGACUUGCUCGUGUGCUCGAUAUUCUUUUCAUAUUACAUGCAGAACAUGAGAUGAAUUGCUCUACAGCUGCGGCACGUCAUCUUGCUUCAAGUGGGGUUGAUGUAUACACAGCAAUAGCAGGAGCUGUGGGAGCUUUGUAUGGCCCUCUCCAUGGGGGUGCCAAUGAGGCUGUGCUGAAGAUGCUCAGUGAGAUUGGAAGUGUUGAAAAUAUUCCAGAGUUCCUUGAGGGUGUCAAGAACAGGAAACGAAAGAUGUCUGGUUUUGGGCACCGUGUCUACAAAAACUAUGAUCCCAGAGCAAAAGUCAUCAAGACGCUGGCCGAUGAAGUAUUUUCUAUUGUGGGUCGCGAUCCUUUAAUUGAGGUUGCUGUUGCUCUGGAAAAAGCUGCACUCUCAGAUGAGUACUUUGUAAAACGGAAGCUGUAUCCAAACGUUGAUUUCUACUCUGGUUUAAUUUACAGGGCAAUGGGAUUUCCAACAGAAUUCUUUCCUGUCUUGUUUGCAAUUCCUCGGAUGGCCGGUUACUUGUCUCAUUGGAAAGAGUCCCUUGAUGAUCCUGAUACCAAGAUUAUGAGACCCGCACAGGUGUAUACUGGUGUAUGGAUGCGUCACUAUAUGCCUCUCAAAGAACGAUCACCACAUUCCGAAGCAGACAAGCUCGGUCACGUCUCCGUCUCCAACGCCACCAAACGACGAUUGGCUGGUUCAGGGGCCUAAGGCUUCCUUCAAGGUUCACUUAUAUUUAUUAUAAGAAAAAUAAAUGAUAGUAUUUUUUUUUCUUCUCCAUGAGGAUUAAACUUGUCUAGAUUCUCACAUACUCAAAAGCAGAUGUAUUCGGAUGACGUUUCAUUUCUCCGUUUCUAAAAAUAACUUAAUAAACUUUUAGUGUGUCCUAGUCCUACAAUGAUACGGAGUGUACCUAAUUAUAGUAACUUUUAAACUUAAAACUUAAAACUA